GGUUUGGGUUUUCCGGUGUCAAAUAUCAAAACAGAAAACGGACUGAACAAGCCCCGGCGUUAAACACCAACAGAUUAAGCUGGACAGGAUGCAGAACAAGGCCCUCGACAUGUAGAAGUUGAAAGAGGAGUUUCAGGUAUGAAGGUGACGGCAGAGGAGCAGCGGCAGGUGGAGGAGCAGGUGGAGAGGCUGCUGAGUGGCCAGGGGUCAGAGGUCGGCGUCUGUGAUGUUGGCCUGGAGCUGAGCAAGCCGGCGACUCUGAGGAAGAACGUCACCUACAUCGUCUGCGGCGUCAUCUUUAACGACAAGGAGGAGGUGCUGAUGGUGCAGGAGGCGAAGCAGGACUGUUAUAAGCAGUGGUACCUCCCUGCAGGGAGGGUGGAGGUGGGGGAGAGUCUGGAGGAGGCGCUGAGGAGGGAGGUGAAGGAGGAGGCGGGGUUUGACUGUGAGCCAAUCACAUUGCUGCUGAUCCAGGAGCAGGGACCACAGUGGAUCCGCUUCAUCUUCCUAGCCAGGGUCUCAGGAGGAAGUUUAAAGACUCUAUCAGCAGCAGAUCAGGAGUCUCUUCAGGCCUCCUGGUGGGACAGAGAGUCCUCCCUCCUCCUCAGAGGACGGGACAUCCUUCGUCUCAUCGAAUGCGGACUCAAGUACCAUAGGAAUCCCUGGCAUCCUGUCUCUCUGCCUCUCGACCUGAGUUGCCGUCACGUGAUCCAGAGACUCGUCCUGGUGUUUGUCGGCGCCACAGAGCAGAUCUGGGUCCUGCUGGUGAGAGUCCCGUUGCCCCACCUCCCCACGGCGGCGGCGCUGAAGACCCACGUCGUGACCUGGGCAGCCAACAUGGUGGUGCAGGAGGCCGUGCCCUCGUCCUACUCGGACCACGAGGUCAGCACGCUGGGCGUGUUCAGCGUGCAGCACAACGGGAGGCAGCACGGCAGGACGGACGGCAUGUGUCUCAACACCCUGGUGGCGCUGGUGCCGGACCGCGUGCAGCGCGACGAGGACGGGCUGAAGGUGGAGUGGCCGGCGACGGUGGCACCUCCUCCUGUGGAGAACCCUCGGUACAUCUGGGUCGAAGUGCAGCGACAAGAACUGAGAGCAAAACUGCUGGAACUGACCAAAAACACCGCGCUGGUUCCGAUCCACAGCCUGUACUGAUCUGAGCUCACAGGAAGUCGCAACAACCACGCUCUUAUUGUGAAAGGAACAACGAGGCCGCUGUCUGCUCCUGUUGGGGGUCCAGGGACUCCAGAGACCCCCCACCCCCAUGAUAUCCCUGAACUGUUUGACUCCAGCACCAGUCACUUUAAAAGCAUGUUUCCAAAAUGUUUCAAUGUUCUGAAGAGAUGCUUAAACGGGUCCAAGCCAGAACCAGGCGAAGUUUAGCUGCAGGCUGAUGUUCAGGCUUCGGUUUACAGAAGAGAACUCCUCCAACGUUGUUUUAAUUUACACGCUUACAAAGAUGCGCUCAAAGAAACGGCACAUUCUUGAGGCUCUGUUAAAUAUCUGAUGGUUUUAGAGCAUGAAAUCAUCAAAAUAGAAAAAAUAACGAUUCUAAAACCUGAUUUACAGAAACUUCAGCCUCAGCUUUAGUU